CAAGGUGUGUAAAAAUUAAGAAGAGGAAAUUAAACGACGAUUGUUAAUCGCGUACACACGUUACGAUUCGUACACGCGAAGAUAAACGAACCCAAUGUGUAUCAUGUACUAAUAUAAUAAUACACCGUUGCCGCUUUGCUGGAUAUAACAAUGUCGUCACGGUUGUAAUUAUAGGUAUCCUCGUUGUAAUAACUGUGCAAACGGAGUAAAUAUUGCUCCCCCCGUUCGCCCCUUCAUCCGUUCCCCUCGGCGUGUCACCCCUCCCAACCGAGGCCUCCCGCUUUGAAGAAGAAUCGCGAACGAAACGUUGUUUACGGUCUUCAUCCCCUUGAUCGUGGUCGUCUUUGGUGUUUCGGAGUAACAUUAGCGAGAGAUUGAUAAAGAAGUUCGCGGCUUAAUCGAAACACGAUACGCAAACAAAUAUCGUACACGCGAAACACCGAUAUUCACUCACUGGCUCUCUCUAUCUGACAAGAGCUGGCGCAGAGACGGAGAUACUUGACGCGUAUAAAAGCAUAAAAGAAACAACGUGACGCAUGGAAUUCUUACGGAAGUGGAUAUUGCCUGGGGAGGUGCGUCUCCCUGACUCGAGCCUCAGUGAUUACGGACGGAUAAUGUCUGUCGAAGGGGUGCAGUGAUAAAACGAGUUACGUACGUACGAGAAAACUAAGGAAAUCGGUAAUAUUCGGGGCCGGAUGCGUCGCGACGGGACGAUCAGGCCGCUGAGCAGAACCGGGCGCAGGUGGAUUUCCGAUCAUCUUAUCAUCGUCGCUCUUCUGCUUCCGGAUCGCGUUAUCGACGAGUAGAGGAGCCGAGGCGAGACUGCCGCCGGUCGUCGCUGGCUGCUGCUGCUGCUGAAAAACCGCGUGUGUGUAAAACUAGAUCGCCGAUCAGUGCAUGGGAAGGACUUUUUUUCACUCGUUAAUCACCGCCGUCGGUUGUGCGCGAGGUGCCGGUGCAACGAGGAGCCAAACGACUCCGAAUACCAAGAGGUAUGUCGGCGAGGCGGAAACAGGCCCGACCCAGCCGAGCCCAACUCGAAGAGGAACUUCUCGUUCGGGGCCCACUUCUUCGGACGGCCUCGGCAUCUCUGCAGAAAUCGAACCCUGACGAUAUACGAGAGGGAAACGACUCGGGGUCCGAGGGAGAGGAGAUCGGGGGUGGUCGGGUCGUGGGUGGAGGAGGGAGCGGCGGCGGCGUCGGAGACGAGGCGGUCGACCUCACGUCGACGCGGUCUCACCACGGUGACGAUGAUGACAGAGACGAUCAAGGAGGGAGCGAGGAGCUCCCGAUGGAGGAGGACUACGAUGACGGGGUCGAGGACACCGCGGAGGGGCAGGAGGAUGAUGAGGAGGAGGAGGAGGGGACGCGGAAGCAGAUACGACACAGACAGGACGCUGAGAACAACAACAGCUUCGUCGAAGGUGCGGCACCCCCAACUACCGGGAUAUUCCCGCCGGCCGGUGCCAGCCACGUAACCCUCGAGGCCCUGCAGAAUACGAAGGUUGCCGUAGCCCAGUUCGCGGCUACGGCCCUCGCCGGCGGGGCCGACAGCGAAGCCGCCCUCCAGGACCUCGCCCUCCUCCAGAGCACGCUCUACACGCUACAACACCAGCAGGUCUUCCAGCUACAGCUGAUAAGCCAGCUGCAGCAGCAGCUCUCCAUAACCCACAACCAACCGACGUCGGCGAGCUCUCACGCCCCCGGUGACGUCCCCCUCGGUAACGAGGGACUCAAGGACGAAGGCUCCCCGUCGCCCAGCAUUCACCCGAAGCCCCUUUCCGCCCUGACGUCACCACCCCCCUCCCGACCCCCAAGUCAUCAUCAGCACACCACGUCGCCGUGCCCUUCGACGCCGGUCAGCCUGUCACAGGAACACGCGGUACCGCCGUCGAGCGCCUCGCCUCUCGGUCUGCCUCUUCCGGCGUCGACGGGAGUCGCGGUGCCCCCGACGAUCGGGGGGGUCGGCGUCGCACCGACGACGACGAGCGCCAAUCAGCAGACCAAUAGUAGCAACAAUCAUAUGUCAUUGUCUCAUCAAAUGCCGUCUCUAUGCUCCAUUAGCUCCUCGCUGGCUUCCACAAUCAUCACGAACACCGACCCCCCGCCGCUCCACGAGCCGAACACCCUCGAAAUGCUCCAGAAACGAGCGCAGGAGGUGCUCGACAACGCGAGCCAGGGCCUACUGGCCAACAACCUUGCCGACGAACUAGCGUUCAGGAGCGGCAAGGGCUCGCGCCUUUCGCCGUACGAUUCUAAGUCAGGGGGAGGCCGCGGGGAGCCAUUCUUCAAGCACCGCUGUCGGUACUGCGGCAAGGUCUUUGGCAGCGACUCCGCACUCCAGAUACACAUCCGAUCACACACAGGUGAGCGACCCUUUAAAUGCAACGUCUGCGGAAGCCGAUUCACCACCAAGGGAAACCUCAAGGUUCACUUCCAGAGGCACACGGCCAAGUUUCCCCACGUUAAAAUGAACCCGAACCCCAUACCCGAGCACCUCGACAAGUAUCAUCCCCCCCUACUCCAGCAGUUGGCUGCCCCCGGUCAGAGGCAACUCACCUCACCGCCACCUCCGGCCCCCCAUCAUCCCCCCUUUCAUCCGGCAGCGGCGCACGGAUUUCUCCCGCCACAACCGCCCCUACCUCUCACCCUAACUCUACCUGGUAUGCCACCCCUCUACCGAACCCCGGUGCCCGUCAACCACUGCAGGGACGAGCAGGACGUACCGGAGAACCUGAGCAAGCCAAUCGGCGGUGCGACGAUUUCAACCCCGUCCCCCCGUUCGCCCGUCACUCAUUCGAACUCGCAUCAUUCCUUUCACGACCAACCGCUCCAUCCGUCGUCGUCGCUGCAGAAGCACCAGCCGCAGCCGGGUCACGAGUUGAAAUUGGAGACAGCAAGGUCGCCGACGACGCAGGAGUCCCCUACGGAACCUUACCGACCUGUCCGACCCGCGAGUCAGGAGGAUGGAAGCGGGGAACGUGUAACGCCGAAGCGGGAGCCCGAAGAGGCUGAGGAGACUGCCGAGGAGGAAAUUGACGAUUACGAGGAGACGAGGCGAUACCUUUGCGCAUCGCCGCAGUCGACGGCGAAUCCAACGUCGCAGGCUCAACCGUUCGAGGAUUGCAGCAUGGACAGUAAGAUGAGCGGUCGCCUCGAGGGCGACGGUGAUAUGGAGGGGGACGAGGAGAUGGAGGAACAACCCGAGAACCUGUCGAGCAGAGGGGCAACCGGACGACUACCUCAGCAGACGGUUGGAUAUCCGGGGGCUUCGCCGGCUAGCAGUAGCGCCAGCAGUGGAAGUUUGCAGUUCUCCUUUGCCGGUAUGCUUUUUCCCGGACCACCUUCCCAUCAGCAACAGCAACAGCAACAGCAGCAGCAGCAACCCCAUCACCAGUUCUCGGUCGGACCCGCAACCCCUACCGGUCCCUCGGGAGAGAUGAUGGUCGAUCCUGCGAGGGACCCGGCCAUCUACUCAAACCUCCUACCGCGGCCGGGCAGCAACGACAAUUCCUGGGAAAGCCUGAUCGAGAUCACGAAGACCUCGGAAACCUCGAAGCUUCAGCAGCUGGUCGACAACAUCGAGCACAAGCUGACCGACCCUAACCAGUGCGUCAUUUGCCACCGGGUGUUAUCCUGUAAAAGCGCGCUCCAGAUGCACUACAGGACUCACACGGGGGAGAGACCGUUCAAAUGUAAGAUAUGCGGCCGCGCCUUCACGACAAAGGGAAAUCUCAAAACUCACAUGGGUGUGCACAGGGCUAAACCACCGCUCAGGGUGCUCCACCAGUGUCCCGUAUGUCAUAAAAAGUUCACCAACGCCCUCGUCCUUCAACAACAUAUCCGACUUCACACCGGCGAACCAACCGACCUUAGUCCCGAGCAGAUCCAGGCCGCGGAGGUUAACGAGUUUCCAUCCGCCUACCCUCACCAUCCCCUCGCCUCCUUCCUCCCCCAGGGUUUUCCCUCACUUCAUUCCACAGCGGGGGCCGGCUUCGCUCUGGGGUUUCCGCCCUCGAGGCAGCACCACCUCGCGGACCGGCACGAGAACCACGUGGAAGGUAAGGAUGCUCGGCACCACCUCCACCAUCACCACCUCCACCAGCACCAUCAGCUGCAGCAGCAACAGCAGCAAGAUAGAUAUCUGGACGAACAGGGCGAUGAGAUGGACGAUCAAGAGGACGAGGACGAGGGCAGAGAGGACGACGACCGUUGCGAGGAGGCGCGGGAAAGGCAAAGCGCCGACGGGGACGAGGCGGACGAUAUCCAAGAGGAGAUUGACCGACAGAAGCAGGCCUCGGUUCCUCUCUUCUCGACGUCGCUCGCCGCGCUUGAGAAUCAGGUGCGCACCAUAACGACAACCUGCGCGAACAGUAUGCCCGGCAACGCGAGAAUAGCCUCACCUCCUCAGCACCCGUUCAACGGGAGCGAGAAGACGAGCAGUCCUCCGUGCGGGGGUAGCGUUGGCGGGGGUGGAGGCGGCGCGCCCCUGGACUUGACCCCCAGGGCCUCCUCGACCCCCGCAGACACCUCGACGUCGACACCAGACGCGACGCCUCCGCCCCCCGCUCAGGUCAGCUCGCAUCAAACCCCAGCGCCGCACCCCUUCGGGAUGUUCGCCGGCCUGCUCCAGGCCGUCUCCUCACCCCCGUCAACCAGCUCGAUGGGCAGCGUCGGGGGUGUGAACAGCAUCGCGACGAUGAGCUCGAGCAACCCGGGGAACGGUGCAAGCGGGCCGCUGGCCUCGCUAACGUCGUCCGCAGUCCUCGCUGCCACCUCCACCUACAACCCGCUCGGCCUAGCUGUCGGGGGGCCAGCAGUCCGUGGUAAUACGACCUGCAAUAUCUGCUACAAGACUUUCGCGUGUAACUCAGCCCUGGAAAUACACUAUCGAAGCCACACCAAGGAACGACCCUUCAAAUGCACAGUCUGCGAUCGGGGAUUCUCAACUAAGGGAAACAUGAAGCAGCACAUGCUGACUCAUAAGAUACGCGACAUGCCGCCUCAUCUGUUCAGCGACUCGAAAUCGGCCGGUCAGCAGCAGCAUCAACAGCAACAGCAGAUCGUACAGGAGCAGGAGACGUCCAGGAGUCCGAUGUGUUCCGACGACUCCAGCUUGCCGCCGCCACCUCCACCCCCACCACCUCCACCUCCGCCGAUGCCGCCACUCGCCAUGGAGUCAGCUGUCCCCGUGAAGAGAUCACCGCCAGAAGGUGAUUUACCUGCGCCAAAAAGACCGCCCAGCAUGUCCAGCAAGCAUUUGUGCCAAGUUUGCAAUAAGAACUUCUCAUCGUCAUCGGCCCUCCAGAUCCACAUGAGAACACACACCGGUGACAAACCGUUCCGAUGCACCGUCUGUCAGAAGGCGUUCACCACCAAGGGAAACCUCAAGGUUCACAUGGGGACCCAUAUGUGGACGAAUGGUGCCUCCCGUCGAGGACGUCGCAUGUCGUUGGACCUGCCGCCGCUGCCAAUCACUCCGAAAGACUCGGAGUUUCUCCAGCGGAGGCCAGACCUUUUUUACCCAUACCUACCCGCACCAUUCCUUAACGGUGUUCAGCAAAAGCUGAACGAAAUAUCCGUGAUCCAGAACAGCAACGGUCUGCCGCCGCAUCAUGGAGGCGCGAGCAAAUACGCGGGACUUUUCGGUUCCGUUUACGGGGCGGGAUUCCCGUUGGAGAAACAGCCGAUGGCACCGACCAACGGGCCCCUGGGGGAGGGUAAAUCGUCGUUGCCGACGGGUUCGAUGCUGUUUCGAACCCCGUCGCCGUCGCAUUCGCCGGGAACGCCGUCAUCGAACACGGGCAACCAGAACUCGGCGAGCGUUCCUGCUUGGGGCAGCAGCGUCGUUGGGGGCGGCGGCGGCGGCGGCGGCGGCGGCAGCGAGACGCUUCAGCGCCACUUUGAGAGGGAAGCGCCCUCGAGGUCUGACGACGAUUCGACGCCUUCGGCACCGCGGCUUCCACCUCCGCCUCCACCGAGGGGCGAAGGUCUGGCAGCGUGAGCCCUUUCGAACCCGGAGAGCUCGACCCGCGACUGAGAAUGAGUGUAUUAUCCAAUUCCGGAUGGAAUCCGGAACUGGCGAACGAACUCUGCAUGCAUAACGUCUCGUUGCUCAGAAGUAUUUCGCAGAGACUCGCAGCCUCGAGGACCAGGGUUCGAAGUCCCCUGGACUUGAAGCAUUCGCGGCUCCCUUAUUUUUGGUUUAGUCGGUUUUUGUUUGUUUGUUUUUUUUCUUUUUCUUCCACGCGAAUGCUGAGCAUACGAACGGCUCGAGUUGACGUUGUAACGAUGAAGACACCAUGUUCCUAUUAUCAGACUAGUCUUAAAGUGUAAAUUAUCGCCCACGAAUCAUAUGCUAGGUCUAGCUUGGCUUAGGACCCUUGAAUAUUUUCAAAGUUCAGGACCUGUUUAAAAGAAGUGUGUCGUUUUUUUUUUUUUUUUUUUUUUUUUCGUUUUUUCAAAUGUUUCCUUGCAAUAUGCACAUGGUCUUUAUGUCACGAUCUCCAUUACCCUCGAUGCGAAAGUGUCCCGCAUUCGUCGACUUAACGAAGCGUCGUAGUACAUUGCGCAGCUCUCUUUAAGAAGUACGACUCGAAAGUCAAUGUUCCUCGGUUUACGGCUUUGACGGGAUUUAAAUUGAACGAUUCUCUCCGUCAAGUUAUUUUAAUAAAAUUCGACAUAUCCCUCUUGUAACAGCUUAUAAAAGCUGCAUAUACCUGCAACGUCGUGAAACCGCAGAGUUGGUGACAUGAAGGCCCUGUAUGACAGAGACGUUUUAUGUGUAAAUAUAACAUUAUAUACAUGUAGCAUAUAACAUAGCGAUGCAUAACGUAUAAAAAUAAGGUGUAAUCGUAUCGUAAACGAGGGUCGGUACCUUGGCGCGGUGCCUAGACUGAGCUACGCCCGGCGAGGACGAGCCGUAAGACAAGUGGCGCCGCGUACGAGGGACCCUCUUUAAGACCGUCCACGAGAGUGAUGGUCCCACCUAGGGUAAGUGCAGACAUGUCUACGAGACGUAUGAUUUAAUAUAUAAAUACCAUGACAAGAGUAACUAAACGGAAAAAAAAUCACACGGGCCCACACAAACACACGCACGCACACGCAGACAAAUGACACACACGCGCGCGUUGUAUAUUAUUACGACACUGUAUAAUUAUCAUA